AUGGCGGCUGCCGGCGGCGGCGACGGGGAGAGGGAGAUGCAUGUGCUGGCUGUCGAUGACAGCUCCGUCGACCGAGCCGUUAUCGCGAGGCUAUUGCGUAAUUUUAAGCAUAGAGUGACGACUGUGGAGAGCGGGGUGCGGGCGCUGGAGAUGCUUGGCUUGGAGCCGAAUGUGAACAUGAUAAUCACCGAUUACUGGAUGCCAGAGAUGACGGGGUUCGAGCUUCUGAAGAGGAUCAAGGAAUCAAAGGACCUGAAGAAGAUACCUGUAGUCAUCAUGUCAUCAGAGAACGUCCCCACUAGAAUCACAAUGUGCAUGAAGGAAGGGGCGGAGGAUUUUCUCCUGAAGCCGGUGAAGCAGUCUGAUGUGUCGAGGGUGUGCAGCCGGAUGAUGCGAUGA